UGGGCGGGAGCAACUGGAGUCGGACUCAGGCAGCUCUUCAGCCGCCGCGUCCCGCCCGCCGGGUCCAGGUCCCUCUCUUUCUCUUCAUUGUCCCUGGCCAGGCCAGAGCUCCCGGACGUUCCCCGUGUGGCCGCGAGAAACUUCCUACACUCCUGUGAUGAGCCUGGUGCAGUGGUGAAUCACUUCCCCCUGUUGUCCACGUCUGAGUGAAUCUUCCCAAGAGUCCGAGGGAUAAUGAUGAUGCUUGAACUGAACAACUAAGAGUUGUGAAGUCAGAGAUCUUCAGAUUAAUAAUGGCAGGAAAAUCAUCACUUUUUAAAGUAAUUCUCCUUGGAGAUGGUGGAGUUGGGAAGAGUUCUCUUAUGAACAGAUAUGUGACUAAUAAGUUUGAUAUCCAGCUCUUCCAUACAAUAGGUGUGGAAUUUUUAAACAAAGAUUUAGAGGUAGAUGGACAUUUAGUUACUAUGCAGAUUUGGGACACGGCCGGUCAAGAGAGAUUCAGAAGUCUGAGGACGCCCUUUUACAGAGGUUCUGACUGUUGCCUGCUCACUUUUAGUGUUGAUGAUUCUCAAAGCUUCCAGAACUUGAAUAACUGGAAGAAAGAAUUCAUAUAUUAUGCAGAUGUGAAAGAGCCUGAAAGUUUUCCUUUUGUGAUUUUGGGUAAUAAGAUUGACAUAAGUGAACGGCAGGUGUCUACAGAAGAAGCCCAAGCCUGGUGCAGGGACAACGGCGACUACCCUUACUUUGAAACAAGUGCAAAAGAUGCCACGAAUGUUGCAGCGGCCUUUGAAGAAGCAGUUCGAAGAGUGCUUGCCACCGAGGAUAGGUCGGAUCACUUGAUUCAGACAGACACCGUUAGUCUGCACCGAAAACCCAAGUCUAGCUCCUCUUGCUGUUGAUCCUGAGAGAGGUUGCCCAAGCAUUCUAAUCAGCUCACACGUACACAUGAAUAAACACGGGGGAGAGGAGAAUUAGGGUUUGAAGCAAUAGAUCAUGUACUCAUAAAAUUAAACUAACCAUAUUGCUGCUUCCUUCAUAAGUGGGUGGGAAAAGGGACACAUUCACCGAAAAAUCUAUUUACUCAAUAAUGGCACCUUACAUUUAUAAAUUGUAACGGUUGUCUAAUAACAUUUAAUUUAAAUGUGUAAGUUACAGAGCUAAUGAGAUGAUCAAGACUUUAAAUUGUGAUUAAAACAAAACACUUGAGUAUUCUAGAAAACAUUGUUCUUUUCCUGGGAAAAUGGAGAACUACUUUUUAUAUGUCUGUAUUUUUAUGUAAUUAGCAUAUAUUCCUGGUUCAGGGGAAAAUUUUCCUAAAGCAAUAAUGUUAGAUAUUAAAGAUUAAAAUUGAAUGCAUUUAUUUGCGCUGCAGUGAUUUGAUUACUUCCUCAUUCUCUUUAAAAUUAUUUGUUCACAUUUUCAUUCUACAUAUCAGAAUUGAUCUCACCAGUAAUCGCUCGUCAUUUAUGUGCCACACGUUUGCCACGCCCAACCCCAGAAGCCAACUUUAUCAUAGAGGAAAUGCGAAGAAAGAUUGUACUUUGUGUGAGGUGGCUUGUGGGACAGUGAAAUGUUAAGUAGAAAAAUGGACCUGUGGAUUCUGAGAAGUCACCACUGUGGACUGCCAACCAGGAAGUGCUAUUGUGACUGAAGAAAAAGAUCACAGGCGCUGCGGUUCUAAAUCUACUAAAUCUUGACAGUGACAUUUGUUUCUGGAUUUUUCAUCAAGAUCAAGCUAUCUGAAUGAGGAAAGUCAAAAGCUUCUCUUAUUUUUAAAGUAUCAAGAAAUGCGGUGGCACCAUUCUCCUUGGAGGAAAACAGGAAAAAAUACCUAAGAGGUUGUGGAUAAAGGACAGCAACUUAGGUAAGCUGGGGCUGAACAGGUGGUGAAGGAGACCUACAGAGAGGUGUCGUUGGCACAAGCCUCGAGGUGGGAGUGAGGGGGAGGCUUCCUGCAGUAACCCUUGGUGAGCAGUGAGGACAGGCAAGGAGGUGGUACUCCUAAAGGGUUGGCAUAUGCCUCUUUCAGGUGUAAGGAGUUUACAUGGCAGGGGACCUAGGAGUGG